UUAUUUGGCUCAGCUCAACGAUAAAAGUCGACUCUUUCGGCUCAUAACCGGCUCACAACCGUUUUUCUUCUGAACCGGAAAUAAUUUGUGAUAUUUUGACCAGUUAUUGUUUAACUUUGCUUAACUAAAGCUGGAAUUGUUUCCUAAAAUCUCAUGCUACCUUCUAAUGAACAAAAUAACAUGUACUGAAUUUUAUAACAUCUAUUUUAAAUCAGUGUAAAAAAAAAAAAAAUCAACAAGACACUGCAUAUGCAAACAUCCCUGCAUUGUUGUUGUGUCUACUGUUUCUGUGCUCGAUUGAGAAGAUUAAUUGACAUUUAUUUUGAUAACUGAUCUCCUCCCCCUAGCACACAGACGGUAAAAUCUGUUUCAUUUGGGAGAACUUUGAUUAAAUGACACUGAAAGAGUUAAAGAAAAGAAAACAACAAACGGUUCAUAUAUGUGACUCGGCUCUUAAAAUUCACUUAAAAGAACCGAUUCAAAGAGCGACACAUCACUCCUAUUUAAUACACACCUACAGUCUUCUUGUGUGUUUCUGAGUUAGGAAGGCAGGAUGGGAUGCAACUCUAGCACACAUACCACCGCACAGGACAGUACACAUGGAAACUCAGACUGUAGUGGAGCCAGUACAAAUGGAACAGCCGAAGAAAAGGCAGAGAAUGAUCUGGAUAUUGAGUGUGGUGCAGAAGCAGCUGCUGAGAGCUCUGAGGCUCUAGCCACUGAGUCCGAGACCAACACGCUGCACACUGCUGCAGAACCAACGCCAGCUGAAGACCAAGAUCAUCCUUCAGAAGCUGGAGCUUUAGCAGCAGACCAGUCUGAGCAAACUGGACCAGAUGAAGCACCGGGCCCUAGCGAGGAACUCGGAGGCUCACAGACAGCAUAGCUUUAUUAUGGGAGAACCUGGAAAAUGUCACAUUUACUACAAACAGGCAAACUAACUUAUUUUCAAAUGUAAUCUAAUUGUAGCUGUAUGUAUUGAACUUGUACUUCCAGCCAAAAUGUCAAGAGAAUAGAGAUUUGUUUGUAAAUCUACCUACACCUUUAUAUGUAAGGAAUAAAAUACUUCAAGUCCGUUAUCACCUGUUCUAGCUGUUGUAAACGGUUGUUCCCUCACCAGAUUAUUUUAUUUUAUUUAUUUAUUUAUUUAUUUUUUACCCCCUCCUCAGUCUUGAAGUUAAUAAGACAAAAAAAAAUGCAGCAUGUCAUGCCUAGAAACCUCUGUCCUAAAGACUUUCCCCGUUGCGGAAAACUGUUACAAAGUGCCGCGACCGCUUGCCGAGACCGGAGACUCCUUACAUAAAUGUUUAAUAAACUUCCCCUUACAAAAAGCUUUGUAAACAAUGUAGCUUGUAUAUGUUUGUGUAUCUUAAACCUGUUUUUGGUUCAUUUUUUUAUUAUAAGCAUUUGCCACAUAAG